CUCCCAAUCCAAGCCAUGGAGUCGCCGCCUCUCAAGCUCAGCGUCGGCCGAGGUGAGGACAGGAUCAGCACGCUCCCCGACGAACUCCUCCUCCGAAUCCUCGAACGCCUCGACCUGCCCGAGGCGGUCCGCGCCGGCGCAGUGUCCACGCGGUGGCGCCACCUCCCUCACCAGCUCUCGGUCCUGAUGCUCGGCAUCCACGACAUGCCGGUCGAGAACAUGGACGCGUUCACGGGCGCUUUGAUGUCUGUGUGUCCCCCGGCUGACCGGAACUGCGAAUGCCAGCGCAGCCGUGCCAUCAAGGCGCUCGUCCUCGGCUUCUACCUAUCGGCCCUUCAUCUGAGCUCCAUCGGCAGCGCAGUCCAAGACGUCAUCAGCCGUGGCAAGACCAGAUGCCUCGUCUUUCAAAUAUCCCCGCCGCCUGUGGACAACAACACUGCUCAGCAGCCGCAGCUCGCUGAGUUGGGGCAGCAAUUCAUGUCCUUCUCCCGCGCCUACCAGGUCGCCUUCCGGUGGCUCACCAGGCUACACCUCAGGAGCUUUGCGUUCGGUGACUCUGACAUCACCGACCUCAUCACCGCUUGCGAUAAGCUCAAGCAUCUCAACAUGAGGUCCUGCAGACUGGUUGAUCGGCGCUCUGCGCUAAAGAUUGACACACCAUAUUCUGGGCUCCAGGAGCUCGAGUUUACACACUUUGGGUGCAAGAGGAUCGAGCUCAUAUCCGUCCCCAAGCUCAGGACAAUGCUGUGCCAUUCUUGGCGCUCCAAGAACCCUCCAGUUCGCUUCGGCUACGUUCCAGAGCUUUGCAAAGUCAGCCUCACUCGUGAGGCCAAGGUGUGGCAGGCACCAUUCCUGCUGAGCGAGUGCUUGUCAAGGAGUGCAACGAACCUGUCGAAACUCCAUCUCAAUUUUUGCCACCAAAUGAUAUGGAUUAAUCCGGAACAUCCGAAGCAGCUCACGGCUAUAUUCAGAAAUCUAGCCGAUGUGUCCCUUUCUGGCAUCUUCCCUGAGUGUGAUCUGAGCUGGACCCUAUUUAUCCUUGAAGCUGCACCUGCCCUGCAGAAGUUUACAUUAUCUCGAGCUCAACUAUGUGCCAAAACGGCCGUGGACAGUGCCAAGAAGACCAACGUGGUGUGGGGACCAUCCAAGGAUUUCAAGCACUUGAACUUGAAGAAGCUGGCAUUUCAAGGGUUCGAGGAGGAAGACAAGGUGACAAGCUAUAUAAGGCUAGUCAUGGAGCGAGCUGUGGGGUUGAAAAGAAUUGUGCUGCUUGGUGAACUCCCAUGCCAGGACUGCAACGACUGUAAAAGAAAAUGCAUGGUUGGUGAACUCCCAUCCAAGGACUGCAAGGACUGUAAAAGAAAAUGCAAGGUGGAUAAAGCUAGGAGGCAUCGGGUUAAGGAGCAACUCGCCCAUGGAUCCUGCUCAUCUGUGGAGAUAAUAAUCUGCACUCUGAAAUGCCAUCAAUGA